GGCUGUCUUCACCGCUAUGCCCAAAAAUAAAGGUAAAGGAGGUAAAAACAGGCGCAGGGGUAAAAAUGAGAAUGAAUCUGAAAAAAGAGAGCUGGUGUUUAAAGAGGAUGGACAAGAGUAUGCUCAGGUAAUCAAAAUGUUGGGAAAUGGACGAUUGGAAGCACUGUGUUUUGAUGGUGUAAAGAGGUUAUGCCAUAUCAGAGGGAAAUUGAGAAAAAAGGUUUGGAUAAAUACUUCAGACAUUAUAUUGGUUGGUCUACGAGACUAUCAGGAUAACAAAGCUGAUGUAAUUUUAAAGUACAAUGCAGAUGAAGCUAGAAGCCUGAAGGCAUAUGGCGAGCUUCCAGAGCAUGCUAAAAUCAAUGAAACAGACACAUUUGGUCCUGGAGAUGAUGAUGAAAUCCAAUUUGAUGAUAUUGGAGAUGACGAUGAAGACAUUGAUGAUAUCUAAAUUGAACUGAGUGUUUUUACAUGACAAGUUUUCUGAGGAUUGUUCUACAGUUGGGAUUUUGGCCAUCAUCAGUUAAGAAGAGAAAUUCAUUCAGUGUGUAUUUCUGAAAGCAAACUGAUUUAUUUU